AUUAGCGCAUCUCUAGUAUGUGAUCAGAUCGAUCAUGGGCAAACGCUGAAGGCGGUCUGUCGCCUUAAGUUAGUCGCGCGCCUGGUCUCAAACGCGGUUUCUUCGCCUACGAGCGCGUUCGAUCUCACCACAUUCCCACCCACAUCAACCUAAGACAACCAAUAUCAAAUUCUGUUCCACUAUAACUCAUCUUCUGCAUCCGCAACUUUGUACAAGCUGUACAGUUGUACAGCCAGCUAUUUGACACGAUGUCUGUGGUUUCAUUGCUCGGCGUUAAUGUUCUCAACAACCCCGCCAAAUUCGGCGAUUCGUAUGAGUUUGAGAUCACUUUCGAGUGUUUGGAGCAACUCCAGAAGGACCUAGAAUGGAAGCUCACCUACGUCGGCUCUGCCACCUCGUGCGUUACCCCUUCCCAACUCCACCCUUCGGCCACUAACGUCCUCAGUGACGAGCACGACCAAGAACUCGACUCCCUCCUCGUCGGCCCCAUCCCCGUCGGCGUCAACAAGUUCAUCUUCGAAGCCGACCCACCGGACACCAAGCGCAUCCCCGACGCUGAGAUCCUCGGCGUCACCGUCAUCCUCCUCACCUGUGCCUACGAUGGCCGCGAGUUCGUCCGAGUCGGAUACUACGUCAACAACGAAUACGACUCCGACGAGCUCAAUGCCGACCCGCCGGCGAAGCCACUCCUCGACCGCGUCCGCAGGAAUGUGCUCGCUGAGAAGCCCCGCGUCACUCGCUUUGCGAUUAGAUGGGACUCGGAGGAGUCUGCACCUGCUGAAUUCCCACCUGAGCAGCCAGAGGCCGACUUGGUAGCCGAUGGUGAGGAGUACGGCGCCGAGGAGGUUGAGGACGAAGAGGAGGAGGAAGAAGCUGCCGAGGGAUCUGGUGAGGCUAGCGGCACUGCCGAAGGCGAUGAUGAGGCUAUGGCUGGCGUUGAGGGAGUGGCCCCAACUGAGGAGGAAGACGAUGAGGGAAGCGAGGAUCUCGAGGGCGAGAGCAGCGGCAGCGAAGCUGAGGAGGAUGAGGAGGAGGAGGGUGAGGGCGAGGCUGAUGAUGGCAUGGAGGUUGACGAGCCUGAGAAGGCAGCCAACGGCUCCAAGGUGGCUGUGUCUGACGCCGUCAUGUCCCAUUAG